CACACUAGCCCUUGCUUAGCUUGUUGCUGUUGGUGGUGGUGGCUGCGUAUCGCUCUGAUGAGUAGCCUCACGUCAGUCUUCGCAGUUUGACGCAAGCGGACUGUCCUCGAGGUUGCUCAGCUCAACUCGUGCCGGCCGUGAUUCACACACAAAUGAACCGAGGUGGACACCACAUCGAUUCCCAGCUGUGUCUGCUGAAUGCAAUGCGUGACUCCUUCCUUGCCUGAUCGCAGGUAUCGUAACCCUUUGCCUUGCCGCAAUCAUCAACCAACACGCGCUUGCUUGAUUGUCUGUCUGUCUGGAACGUGCAGCAAGAUGUUCUGUUCCACACCUCAAAAACGCACCUCAGGAAAAGAGGGGGAAAAAAAGAGGAAAAAAAAGAAAGAAAAGGAAAAAAAAAGAAGAAAACACACACACAAACACAUCCGACCCUCAGUGUGCCUUCCUUUUCUUGUGCUUGUCCUCGGUUGCUCGCUCCUCGUUGUUGCCCUUGUAGACGAAAUCCUGUAGCAAGUGGCAGCAUAGAGAGACAUGAGAAUAGAGAGUGUCGCUGCUAUCAUGCUCGAAAAAUUGGUGUGGUAGGCGAGAGCCACAGGUAUGUAUCUUCAGCAGCAGCUGAUGGAUGGAUGGAUGCCGUGAUGUGAUGCCGUCUCCCUCAUUCCCUCGUUGUCCAUCUCGAAUAGCUGACAUAGCCAUCGGCACGAGGAGGAUCUUCAGUCAGCAGCUGAUGGAUGCAUGAAUGGAUGAUGCCGUCCGUGAUGUGAUGAUGCCGUCUCCCUCCCUCGUUGUCCAUCUCGAAUAGCUGACAGGUUCACCUAGUCCUGCGAGCUCAGGAUGCAUGCGUGCAGGCGAGAUGAGACGUCUCGCUUGCCGCCCCCAGCCUUUCAGCUUCUUUCAGCCCUUUUUCCGAAAGAGCCCAUCGCUGAUGCUUCUCCACAUCCCUUUCCACACCCCUACGGCGUCCUUUUCGCAUCCGGCGCUGACCAUUCCCAUCAGCUUCAACGCCGCAGGAGGCACCGCAGGAGGGAUUCCGAGGGCAGGAGGUGCAGACAGGAGGAUGGGCAGCCGAGGGCUGCAGCCCCCGAGACCAAGAAGGGUGAGAUAUGAAGGAGGAGGCACGGAGAGCCAAGGGGAGGGCGGGGGAGGGCGGGGGGAGGCUGAAGGCAUUUUGUGGUGGAUGCUUGUGUUGGAUGGAUAGAUGGAUGGGUGGGCUGGUGGGUGGACGGAUGCAUCUGCAUGGGAUGUGCGUGUAUGCAGAUGCAUCGUGUAUGCAGAUGCUGCAUGGAUUGGAUGCGUCCGAAGAUGCACGAUAUGGACGCAUUCUCGGUGUGUAUGUGCCCUGUGGACACUCCAUGUAUGCAUUUGCAAUGAAAUCUUCGAAAAAUGACCAUCAGACAGAAAAUGAAUUCCUUGCACAUUUCGGGCGGUUUCUGUGCGGCCCUUUAAUCAGCGAAUGUCGGCGCACAGAAAUCACGGUUUCUGUGCGCGUGCCAGAGGGGUGAGAGUGACGCUCGCCGCCAUGGAUUCUCCAUUGGACAGAUUCAUCGUACAUUUGGAGUCGCUGCAUGUUGAUUUCACGACUUCCCAUGUAUCCUGUCAUCCAUCCAUGCGCCUCGGCUGGCAAAAGAGCAAAGAUACACAAGUCAACAAGGCACCAGCGGUCGUCCAUGCAUCAGCCGCCGGCUACAGAAAGAAGCUAUUCAAUCGAAUCCCCCACGCCUAAGACGGCCAAAGACAGUGCAGACAUAGAAAGACAGUCCGACAGACAGGUAGGCAAUGACAAAGAAGCAGCUACAGAGAAGAAAGACAGAGCUGCCGCUGCAGCCCGCUGCAGCCCGCCUUCGUUGUCAUUUGGCUGCAGCCAAAGAGCUGCAGCCAAAGAGCUUCGGUUUUCCUGGCCAACCAAAGAGCUGCAACUCUCCUGCUGCCGAGAAAGAAUACGCAGCUGCUGCCGAGCAAGAGUGAGAGUACGCCCUCCAUGCAGUCCCAGCCAAACGCCUACUGCAUGGAGGACAGAAAGACAGAGAGACGGACAGAAAGACAGAGAAGUACGAAGACGUCUUGAAAGGCCUCUCACCCGCUUGCCUUCGGAACCCACCCAUCGACGAAACGAAUCGAUGUAUCCAACCUUCGUCGGUCACCUUGACCUUUCGCUUGAGGAUAAUCAUGUGAAAGUCGACUUCGGCUACCCCUGGUGGGCGUGCAUAUGACCGCGGGAUCCGGGUGAGGGAGUAUUAAGAGUAGCACAGGACCUGGGGAGAGGCCAACGGGGUUUCGGUGAGGGCUGUGUUGCGUGUGUUUUUUGAGAGUGAGUGAGGGGGGAGGGGGGUCGGUGUCUGUGUGUGGGUGUGUCGUGUGUUUGGGUGGGUGGUACCUGCAUACGUGUUGGUUGUGGUUUCAGGAGCAGGCCGCCUGGAUGGACGUCUGCUGCAAGGAAGCUGCAUGAAUGAGAAAGGGAGAGAGGCGACGAAAUGAAGCGCUUCCUUCGCCAGUGGAUCUGCGUGUUACCUGCCGGGCGAGGCGUGUGGUUUUGGGGCGGAGAUCUGUCUUCUGCAGCGACCUCUGCAAGCUAAGCUCGCGAUCCGCUGAGAUCUUCCCCAAGCAGACCGACAGAGAGAUCCACAGGCUUCCCUCUUUUCUCUGUUCGUGUGUCUGUGUCCUUCAGUCUUCGCAGUUUGACGCAAGCGGACUGUCCUCGAGGUUGCUCAGCUCAAACUCGUGCCGGCCGUGAUGCACACACAAAUAGACCGAGGUGGACACCACAUCCAUUCCCAGCUGUGUCUGCUUAAUGCAAUGCGUGACUCCUUCCUUGCCUGAUCGCAGGUAUCGUAAUCCUUUGCCUUGCCGCAGUCAUAUCAUGAUUCUCUUUUUUCUCCCUUACUUACGUACCUGUGGGGCCGUCGGGAAAUGCGAUCCAUGCACAGCAGCAGGACGACGAGAGCUUCAUCGAUAUACUUGUAGCAAGUGGCAGCAUAGAGAGACAUGAGCAUAGACAGUGUUGCUGCUAUCAUGCUCGAAAAAUUGGUGUGGUAGGCGAAAGGUGAGUCUGUCGAAUAUAAAAUGAAGACAACAGUUCCUGACAGACUCACCUGACACCAUACAA